AUGUUGGAGCAAAGUUCAUUCGACUUUAUUAGGAACCUUUCAGUGUCUGUAGAGAGGAGAGGUGCUGAGCCCAAAUGUAGGCCCAAUGGGCUGGAAAACAUAGACGAAGAAAAUGUAGCAGAGUGGGGGCCCGUUGUGGGCCCACAGCCCGAGACACCAACUGAGUCCAUGGAGUUCUUGGCCCGAUCAUGGAGCGUCUCGGCUGUGGAGCUGUCCAAGGCCCUCCACAACACCAAACAAGACGAGGGACAGCAAAAUCAAUAUAAUAAGGCUUUAUUACCCUCCGAAAGUCCGGCAGAGUUAGCAAGUGUUGGUGAAGAUGCCAAGUUUUACAGGAGCAUCAUGAAGCGAAAGAGCGCGGGCCGUUGGAUGAAGGACCAGCGGGAAAGGAAGAAACAGGAGAUACGGGCCCACAACGCCCACCUCCACGCCGCCGUCUCUGUGGCCGGCGUGGCGGCCGCCGUGGCCGCACUGGCCGCCGGAAAACAGGGGGUGGCGACGCCGGCGGCGGUGGCAUCGGCGGCGGCCGUGGUGGCGUCCCAUUGCAUAGAGAUGGCGGAGGAGAUGGGGGCCGAACGGGAGCACAUACUGUCGGCGGUCAACUCUGCGGUCAACGCAAGGACAAAUGGUGACGUCAUGGCCCUCACUGCAGGGGCGGCUACAGCUCUUAGAGGCGCGGCUACGCUAAGGGCGAGACUACAGAACGAGCAUGGGCCCGCAACAAUUACCGAGAAUUUUCGGAAGAAUAAUGUUUCGCUCUCGCUAAAUUUCGUCUCAAAAGGCGGUCAGCUUCUCAAGCGCACUAGGAAAGGGGAUCUGCACUGGAAGCAAGUCUCUGUCAACAUAAAUUCAAACUGGCAGGUGGUGGCUAAAAUGAAGAGCAAGCACAUGGGAGGGACAUUCACUAAGAAAAAGAAAUGCGUAGUUUCAGGUGUAUACAGUGAUGUUCGAGCAUGGCCUGGACGAGAAAGCGAGGGUAAGGAGGAGAUGUCGUACUUUGCCGUUCAAACAGAAGAAAGAGUAAUCGAGUUCGAGUGCAGGAACAAAGGAGAGAAGCAGAUGUGGGUUGAGGGCAUCCAACAAUUGUUGCACUUAAUUUGCAUUUGAUUUGAUUUUAAACGUUUCUUGAAGUUGGCGGGAAACUGGUGAUGAGUUGGCAAAAAAAAUGGAUCUUGAUUUUAUGAAAUAAUAGAAUAUUGUGUUGAUAAUAAAUUGAUGUACAACGAGAAUGGAUAUGUGGGCACUCAAUGUGUGAAAUUUUCUUGUACCGAAAAAAAAAAAGUGUGAAAUUGUCUGAUACUGGUUUUAUAUGUUGGGUCUUGAAAAUUAUUAGGCUUUGGUUCAAAUAUGUUAAAUAAUUUUGUUGGAAUUUGUGGGUCAAAGGAUAUAUUUAUUGAUGGCCCA